CCAAACGGAAAAUAAACCGCGCGGGGUCGCCAAAAUGAUUUCCGUUCAAAAUACAGAGACUGACAAUUGUCAGUUUUUCUUUCAGCAGCAAGAACACCAAAUCAACAAUGGCGAGAACGAAGCAAAUAGCUAAACGGAGUUCCUCCAAGGCCAAGCUCAAAACUGGUAUCGCGUCUAGUUCUACCAGCACGCCACAACCAAGAAAGAGUCCGAGGAAGACUCCGUCAAGUUCAGAAGCCGGAGCCGGAGAAAGGAAGAGACCGCAUCGUCAUAAGCCUGGGACUCAAGCCCUCCGUGAGAUCCGGCGUUUGCAGAAGACCGUCAAUCUUCUCAUCCCGGCCGCUCCUUUCAUCCGAACUGUAAGAGAAAUUAGCAAUUACUUUGCCCCUGAAGUCACCCGAUGGCAAGCUGAAGCUUUACAAGCACUUCAGGAGGCUGCAGAAGAUUAUUUAGUUCAGUUGUUUGAAGAUUCAAUGCUAUGCUCCAUACAUGCAAAGCGUGUGACACUUAUGAAAAAGGAUUGGGAAUUGGCAAGAAGACUUGGAAAGAAAGGGCAGCCCUAUUAAUUAUACCAGUUAACUAAUUGUUUAUAACAUAUGUUACGUGGUAGUGACUCCUUAUUGUUACUUCUUGAAUAGAUUUAUGAGGUUAGAGGACAUA